AUGGUGGCCUCUGAAUUCCCUAGAAGACUGUACACCAAAGGCGGUGAGCCAGCUCCGGAUAAAAGCAUCGGCUAUUAUGCUGAUGAUUAUAGGCUGGUACCUGCACUACGGUCAGCUCUACAAGAGGAUGAAUGGGAAGAGAUUUACGAGUCAUCGUUGGGUGUUUUCUUAAAGUUCCACGACUUGGAUUUUGGUUGGGCUUCUAGGCUGGUGCACCACAUGCUGACCUUUCAGAUAGUUUGCAAGCAGAGGUACGAGAUAUGGAGCCUGAUUGGUACCACUCCAGUUCGGUUUUCAUUGCAUGAGUUUGAGGAGAUCACCGGACUCAACUGCGGGUUCGUGGAUAACUUGGCUCUAGCUGAUCUUGAGCUUUCCGAUGAGAUGCAGGCAUUUUGGGAGCUAAUGGGGGUCGAUGUCGAGUUGGGCCCAAGCACUAUCGAAAUUAUUGAAGCCUGUUCCAAUUGCUCAUCAUUGUCUCGGGAUGAUAGGCUGCGUUUGGGAUAUCUUGGGAUCUAUGCUGGUUUCAUAGGGGCAACGAGACCAGGCUUAUCCACAAAUGUCAACCAUGCCAGACUAGUUAUAGAUCUCGAAGGUUUUAAGGAGUUCCCAUGGGGAAGAAUUGCUUUUCAGCAUCUGAUCAAGUCUGUUAAGGAGAAAGAUCUCAGCAAAAACAUUCAUAUAGAAGGAUUUGAGCAAGCUCUUCAAGUGUGGGUGUACUAUGCUCUGUCGGAUUUUGCUGCUGAAUUUGGCGAACCAUUGCCAAAUGAUCCUACACCUCUUCUGCUGGCUUACAAAGGAUCAAGAGGACGAAAGAACGCCAAAGCCAACAUGCUAAAACAGCUAUUAGCUUGCAUACAAUGUUGCGUGGCUAAGGACUUGGCGGAUAUGUUUCCAGUUUGGGAUGAUGAGCAACAGGAUCCUGAUAUUGUCAAGAUUGUCAAUGCAAUCCAUGACCCCCAAUUCAAGUUUUCAAAAAACCACUGGCCUUUGGAAUGUGUUCUGGGUGCACACAUCGUCAAGGCAGAAGCAGGAAAGAGGAGCCUUCCCUCAGAUGAAUCAAGCCGCAAGAGAACCUGCACAGCCUCUGCCUCUGCCGCCUCUUUUAUUGGUGAUGAAGGGGUCAGAGUUGUCGCUAUUAUGAAAGCGCACUUAGACCAAUGCUUCAAAAGCUUUUCAACCAAGAUGCUGAAUGGUCUUGGUAGCUGUGAAAAGCAGAUCAAACUUCUCACCGACAAGGUUGAAUCUGUAGAGCGCGCGGUAGAGGAGUUGACUACAGGGUCGGCAAAGCACACUGAUGAAAAGGUUAAGGACAAUGUAGAGCCAACCCAGCAGCAGGUCACUGGAUCCAAGAAGCAUGAAGGGAGUAAUUCAGAGAAAGAAGAUGCUCCGAUGAAAGAUAAUGUCAACGUUGGUGCGAUUGCACUAGCUAAAAAUGCCAAAGCAAGAGCAGCGACUCAGAUAGUUGCCCGAGCAACGAGUGCCAGAAACCGACAGCUGACUGCGACACAGAAGAGUCCUUUCUUAGGAAAUAGCACCGCAAAGGCGAUCAUUCUAACGUCGGCAUCUCACUCCGGCCGUGUCCGUGGAUAUGAUCCUUUCGAUCAAACCAGUGUUAAGGCAAAGCAUACUACUCUAAUGAACUUUGUGAAAGCAAACCCUGCCUAUCCAAGACGUCCAAAAAAAUCUUCGAUCGACUGGUAUUACAUUCUCCGGACACCGACGAAAUGGCUAGCUGAUAUGCACAUGGAAGCUUAUAUUAACUUACUCAGGCUGCGAUUAUCCAAGCAUCCGGAGUGGUUUGUAUCCGACUGGAAUUGCUUCCUCAACUCCAUGUUUGCUACGGUUUGGAGGCGUGACUACAAUGACUUCAAAAACUCUGAGCCGAAUAAAGAUGGUUCUGGCAAACUUCUACCACCUGGAGCGUAUUCGUACUACACAGGCGAAUUACCUAUCUACUGCCAGACUAAAAAGACGUGGGCCUAUGAAGUCGACCAUUUGUACUCAAUGUUGCACAUCACGGGGGACCAUUGGGUAGCUAUCGAAGUUUCAUUUGUGACAAGGCAUAUCACGAUAUGGGAUAGUCAUGCGGGAACCAAACAUGCAUCUGACGACCAAAUUGACGAAGCUGUGGAACCUCUGGCUGUUAUGAUACUCUACCUUCUUCAGACAUGUGCACCCAAGACAAGUGGAGAUUCCCCUACACGCCUUUCACACAUUCGCGAGUACCAGGUAUGGAGAUACCUCAAAACUACCAGAGUGGUGAUUGCGGAGUCUACUGCCUGA